AUGUCAAAAGGGUACUUGAAUCAUCCGCUAAUACGCAAUCCGCUCAAGUGGCUAGCCAAAAGAAAAUAUAUCACUCCGGAAGAGUAUGCUACAUCCUUCUACAAUACAGAUUCCAUUCGGUAUAACCCGCAAGCCCAGCUCCUUUCGAGUGGCACGGCGAUGAAUACUGGCACCAGAGAUAUAUACUCAAAGGGAUCCAUGGUACGAUUGACGAUGGAUAAUGAUGGAAAUCUGAACGACAACUACUACUUAGUUCCUGCUAUCAACUCGCCAUAUGACCCACAUACGUUGUUCCCGAGAAGCUACAUCCUUAACAACUGGCUCUUUGUUUCAUUGAUUGCGAAUGUGAGAGAUACUUGGAAAAAGUAUGUCCCACUAAAAUUCCGAACCAAGAACAACCCCAGUAUAAAUGCCCACACCAAGAUAUUGCCCGAUAUCGAAGAUGUGAUACCGAAGAUUUACCUCCGCAAUAUAGUGGAGGGUACCUUGAAAGUCGAAAGGGAAGCAACGGUGGAACACAGGCUGCCUAGUGAUGGUGUUUGGUUGGAUUUUCACAAUGCUAAAUUCGGUUCUGGGCAUCUUUCGGUGCAUGGAGUAUUCUUAAAUAGCUUGAAAGUAAAGUUUGGUGGACAACAACGAGUAUUUCUUCCAUACUGUGAAGAAAACCAAAAGAUCUUGAAGAAUUUAGUAACUCUUAAUAACUACUUCCGCUACAAAUGA